UUUCUUCCCUCUCUUUCUUCUCUGCGCACGUCAUCAGUUCGACAGAAAGUCUCAAAGAGAGGAAAUCGCUGUAAGCCUUUCCGGCGACUCAAACAUCCAGCUUUCUCGACAUCCAGGGAGUGCAUUAUCUCUGGAAUGCCUGGUUUUUGUAGAUUGGGUGCUUGCAAAUUGGAGAAAGGUUAAUCCUAAAUUGGGGGAGCUUUGCUUAGAACGGAGUUAGAUUGCUAAAACCUCUGAAGCAUUGUUGAAGAUAACUAACAAUUAUCAAAGACCUUGCCGACCUUUUCCAAUAUGCUUCUGAAAAUUUUCAUCUAUACUCUCCUAUUCAAGCUUGCGUCCUUGACUGCUGGUGAUUUUACUUAUAAUGGAUUCAAGGGUGCUAACCUCAGCCUGGAUGGACUGGCAGCAUUGACACCCAAUGGUUUGCUGAGACUGACCAAUAUUAGCAAGCAUGAUCAAGGCCAUGCCUUCUCCAGCGUUCCACUUCAGUUCAAAAGAUCUUCAAUGGAUACCGUCAUCUCUUUUUCUACUGUCUUUGUCUUCUCCGUUGUUCCUGAGUAUCCCAUGUACGGCGGCCAUGGGUUUGCUUUUGUUCUCUCCCCCUCCAUGCGCUUGUUGCAAACUUUGCCAAGUUACUACCUUGGCCUCUUCAAUGCAACCAACAACAGAGAUCCAUCCAAUUACAUCUUCGCUGUUGAGUUUGACACCUUAAACAACGCUGAAGUAGCCGACAUUGAUGACAACCAUGUAGGCAUUGACAUCAAUAGUCUGAUAUCUAACAAGUCAGCCUCUGCUGGUUUUACAUCUGACGAUGAUGGGCAGUUUAAGAACCUGAGACUUUGGAGUGGUGAGCCAAUGCAAGUUUGGAUUGAAUAUGAUGGUCUAAAUAUGCAGCUUAACGUGACAUUGUCCUCUCUCGGGAAGCCAAAACCAAAGAUUCCUCUCUUAUCAUCUACCAUAAAUCUUUCUAGCAUAAUUAUGGACCAUAUGUAUGUGGGAUUCUCUGCAUCAACAGGAAUAGCAUAUUCGUACCAUUACAUUCUUGGUUGGAGCUUUAUGAUGAAUGGAAAAGUUCCUGAGCUUAAUAUCUCAAGCCUCCCUCAGCUCCCUCAAACUAUGACAUCAUCUAAGGAUAAAACAAAGGCUAUAUCAAUAUGGUUGCCUGUAUCUCUUUCAGUGCUUGUGCUAAUGACUGUUGCUGCUGCAAGGAUGAUAAUGGUGAGAAAGAAAAGAUUCUCUGAGCUUCUGGAGGACUGGGAGCUAGAUUUCGAGCUUCAUAGAUUCUCUUAUAAACAACUAUACAAGGCAACCAGAGGUUUCAAGGAUGAGUAUCUUCUGGGUGUUGGAGGGUUUGGCAGGGUCUACAAAGGAGUUCUGAAAGACACUAAAGUUGAAGUUGCAAUCAAGAGAGUGUGCCAUGAAUCAAGACAAGGAGUGAGGGAGUUUGUAGCUGAGAUUGUUAGCCUCGGUCAGCUUCAACACCGGAAUCUGGUGCCACUACUGGGCUACUGCAGGCGUGAAGGUGAACUCAUCUUGGUGUAUGAGUACAUGCCAAACAGGAGCCUUGAUAAAUUUCUAUUCUGUGAAGGCAAAUCAACUCUUAGUUGGAGUCGAAGAUUUUGGAUAAUCAAAGGUGUGGCCUCUGGUUUGCUGUAUUUGCAUGAAGAUUGGGAUAGAGUUGUAAUUCACAGAGAUGUCAAGGCCAGCAACGUGUUGCUGGAUGGUGAUAUGAACGGAAGGCUUGGUGACUUUGGAUUAGCUAGAUUAUACGAUCACGGUGGUGUUCCUCAAACCACCCAUCUUGCCGGAACAGUUGGUUAUCUAGCACCCGAGCUGUUUAGAACUUGCCGGGUCACAACCAGCAGUGAUGUGUUUGCAUUUGGUGUUUUCCUUCUAGAGGUUGCUUGUGGAAGGAGGCCAAUAGACCGAGAGAAAGCAGACAACCAGGAGGUUUUGAUAGAUUGGGUGUUGGCAAAUUGGAGAAAGGGAACAAUUAUGGAAACAAGGGAUGAAAGACUGGGAGAGGAGUAUGUGGCAGAGGAGUUAGAGUUGGUGCUGAAACUUGGAUUACUCUGUUCACAUCCUUUGCCAACAGCUAGGCCGCGCAUGAGGCGAGUAACACAUCUCCUGCAUGGUGACAUCCCUCUUGCUGAUCCUCUGCUUAAUCAAUUAAUUACCAAAGAUUCAACAUUUGUCAAGUAUGAGGGGUCUAACGCAUAUGCCAUGUCAUUUACCUCCAUGUCGAGUGAAUCAUUGCUAUUUAGUGGCCGUUGAUUGAAUUGAACUCUUUCUGUUCACAAUUUAUAGUGUGUCAUCAUGAAAUAUCAUAUUUCCCAUCUUUAAUACAUGUAUGUAUACAUUUUUGCUAGUUGAAUCUUAGCAAGUCAAUUUUACUAUUUUGAUUGGAUUCUACCUGUGGUUCAUAUGAAAAAUCUUUCCUCCAUUAUUACUUAGCACUUUGGUACACUGUCUCUUUAGUCGUGUCUAACUUCUUCCUUCUCCUACUAUGUUAAUUUCUAUUCAAGACAUCGAAAUGAUACAUGAGUGCUAUGGUAAAUGUGUGCAGUUGUUCUCUUUGCUUUAAUUGAUACAGCAAAGCUGAAGAUUCAGUGGAAUUUUAUUUUAUGGUUUCUCCAAGUUUGAUUGAUUAUGAUUUUUACGAGGAAAGUUUAACGUUGUUUGUCGGAACUUAAUUAAUUAAGCUUGACCA